CAAAAUGAUUACACUAAAUCAAAUUGAAUUAUUUAUUGCCUUACUAUCAAAAUUCUCCUCAGGGACUUGAAAGAGGACUUUUAGAAACAGUAGAUCAUCAUCAUCUCUGCUUCACAAAUUUAGCGGAAACCUGGCUGUUGGCGACUAUGAAAGUAGUGGUCACCGGCGCUUCCGGUUACUUAGGUGGAAGACUGUGCCACGCUCUUAUAGAAGAAGGUCACUCCAUCCGCGCCUUGGUCCGUCGAACUAGCGACCUCUCUGCCCUUCCCACAGCGGAUUCCUUAGAGCUUGCCUACGGCGAUAUUACCGACUACCGGUCCCUCCUCGCUGCCUUCUCUGGCUGCCACGUCAUCUUUCACACUGCUGCCCUCGUCGAGCCCUGGCUACCAGAUCCUUCUAAAUUCUUCUCAGUCAAUGUAGGGGGAUUGAAGAAUGUGUUGGAGGCAGCUAGAGAAACUAAGACAAUCGAGAAGAUUAUCUACACGUCGUCGUUUUUCGCUCUUGGACCAACUGAUGGAUUCGUUGCCGAUGAGAGCCAAGUGCAUCCUGAGAAAGUAUUCUGUACGGAGUACGAGAGAUCCAAGGCAACCGCUGAUAAAAUUGCAUUACAAGCUGCAGCGGACGGCGUCCCAAUUGUGAUGGUUUAUCCAGGUGUGAUCUAUGGUCCAGGCAAGCUUACUACCGGCAAUGUCGUGGCUCAAUUGCUGAUCGAACGAUUUCAAGGGCGUUUACCAGGAUACAUGGGGUAUGGCAAUGACAAAUUUUCCUUUAGCCAUGUCGAUGAUGUGGUGCAAGGGCACAUUGCAGCAAUGGCCAAAAGUCGAUUAGGUGAAAGGUAUUUACUUACAGGUGAAAAUGCAUCUUUCAUGUAUGUUUUUGAUGUAGCUGCUAUCAUCACCAGCACUAAAAAGCCCAGUUUUAGUAUUCCUUUAUGGGUAACUGAGGCGUAUGGAUGGGUGUUGGUUCUGUUAUUCUACCUUACGGGAAAGCUUCCUCUCGUCAGUCCACCGACAGUGAAUGUUCUAAGACGUCAAUGGGCAUAUUCUUGCGAGAAGGCGAAAGCGAAUUUGGAUUAUCAUCCUCGAAGCUUGCAGGACGGACUGAAGGAGGUUCUACCCUGGUUGAAAAGCUUAGGGGAGAUCAAGUAUUGACUAGAAACCGCUUUCUCAUAGAUUUCUUCUCUAGAAGCAAUUACCUCUACUAGCUCACCUGUUGUUGUAGGAGUAUCUCUUGAUAUUGUAUAUCACUUCUGCUUUCUAAACACGUUUUUUCUAGUUGUUCAUUACGUACUUAUCCUACUCUUAAAUACAGACUUUGAUAUUUCAUCUA